GUGAACACUCAAACUGCGUGCUCAACAUCAUCACAUCAGUUACUGCAAAGCAGUCAAGAACACAGCUGAAUGAUGAGUGCUGCUCAGAGUCAAACAACACUGGAAUCCAAACUGGGCCUGGAGUGCCACUUCACCUGGGAUCUGGACCCCAGCAGGUCCAAGCUUCUUCGCCUCAGGGACAAGCUGGAGGACAUUGGCACUGAGGAGGGAAACAGUUGGCUGGGUCACAUUUACAACCUGCCGGGGUUUAUUCAGUACAAGCUGGGGUUCACCCAUGAUGCCCAGAGUCUCUUCAACAAGGCUGCAGAGGCCUUCCACCAGAUGAGAAACACAGAUAACGGUCCCUGGUUGGUGGUGAACUACGGGAACCUGGCUUGGCUGCACCAUCAGCUGGGGGACCAAGAAAAGAGUCAAGCUUACCUGUCAAAGGUCGACGCCCUGAUGAAUGAAUACCCAUCUCCAUCCCUGGAAGAACUCCAUGCAGAGGUCUGUGCUGAAAAAGCCUGGACCCUGAUGAAGUUCAGCACAGAAAAAAAGCUGCUGGCUGCAGAUUACUUUGAGAGAGCCAUCAGGAUGCAGCCGGACAUGGUGGAGUGGAAAACCAGCCAUGUUGGGUUAGUGAGUGCUUUCAAGCACAGUGAAACAGGGCUGCCAGCUGACCUCUUGGAGAAAAUGAGAAGUGCCAAGGAACAAGAUCCAGAGAACUUGUACCUUGCUGCUCACUACCUUGAGCAACGUGCUAAAAAAGGAGAAAGAAUUGAAGAUGAAGCACGUGAGUUAGCUGAGCAGAUUCUGAGAAAUCCUGUCAGCAGCUACAGUGGUCUGAAAGGGUUACUGAGGGUUUUUGAAAGCCAUGUAUCAGUUGAUGACGCCAUUGAUUUGGCAGAGGAGGCUCUGAAAAGCCAUCCAGAUGUACCUUAUUUGAAGAGAUUUGUUGCACUCCUCUACAAAUGGAGGAUCUAUAGCGACCGCUCACCAAAGCAAAGCAUGAUAGACAGAGCAAUCAGUCUCCAUGAGGAGGUGAUUUCUCUUUACCCUCAUUAUUCUCUUAUGAAGAAGAUAUCGCUUGCAAAUAUUUGCGCAAAGUCAAAUGAGAACCAGGCUAAAGCUGAUCAGAUUUACCAAGAGCUGCUAGAAAGUGAUCUGGAACUUGAAGACAAACAGUUGCUUUACAACUGCUAUGCAAAACAUCUGUACUUCAUUCAUCAGAGGCCCCAAGAGUCAAAAGAGUAUCACAUGAGGGUGAUAGCCAUACCGUACCAAUCCCCCUUUCGUGACAACAGCAUCAGAGCUCUGCAGAACCUUGCAAACAGAGGCGACACAACACGUGAGUUCCUGGCAGAACUGCAGGAGCCAUAAAGCACUUGUAGUGACUAGUCCUAUAAGUAGCCGCUACCGGCUGAUAGUGGGCAUGAAGUUAUUUGGACGUGUACUCAGUUUAAAAACCAAAACGAACCGUCAGAAGUCACUGUGAUUUUAUUCCACUGCGUUUAAUUCCACUCAUGGUUAUUCCUUAGGCUUCCAAUAAGCCUUUGAACGUCAUAAACACAAUUACAAAACAAACAACCAAGCACAGUCGAAAACUGUUGGGCUCCUUCCACUUCAGCACCCUUGCACAUGAUUAACACAAACUUAUAGCACCUGUAGUCACCCUCAACCCGCAUCACAUGACACCUCACUGACCUCUUGUGGCUCAGAAACCACAUCAACCAAGGUGAAUACACAGCUCUUACGACACUGGUUCUAAAUCUAGGCAAAGAUGUAGGUAGUGUAUGAUGCAAAACAAACAAACAAACAAAAAAAAAUCUCUGUGUAGCUCUCAACUUGAAAACAAAUACAUUCGCAAAACCUGCAGGAAAGAUUUAGGGCAAUUACCAAAAAGAAUAAUUCUUAGAAUAAAGUCAAAAAGGAAGUGAGAAACUCAGUGCUGAAGACCUG